CCCGCCCAGGACCAGGCUGGGUGGAAGAGAAAGGGGGAGGAAAAGGGAAGGCUGGGGCCGCAGCUCGGAGAUCCGCAGCGCCCUGGAGCCAGGGCACACCAGGCAGGGAGAGCAGCAAUGGGGCUGGAGACCGAGAAGGCGGACGCCCAGAUCUACAUGGACGAGGAUUCCUACAGCCGCAACAGCGGUCCCGACUACCCGGAGCCCGAGAAAUGCGUGAAGUCCAUCCAGGAUCGCGAUCCGAGGGGCCUCAACACUCAUCUGAAGCUGGGCUUUGAGGAUGUGAUUGCGGAGCCGGAGUCCGCCCACAGUUUUGAUAAAGUUUGGAUCUGCAGCCAUGCCCUCUUUGAAGUCAGCAAGUACCUGAUCUACAAGGUCCUAACUGUGCUUCUGGCCAUCCCGUUGGCCUUUGUGGCAGGAAUUUUCUUUGCAACCCUCAGCUGCCUGCACAUCUGGUUUGUGGUGCCUUUUAUAAAGACCUGUUUAAUGGUCCUGCCAUCAGUGCAGACAGUAUGGAAGAGCAUUACAGAUGUUCUCAUUGCUCCCGUGUGUAAAAGCAUGGGACUCAUCUUUUCUUCAGUCAGCCUGAGACUAGGUCCUGAAUGAAUGAUAUGGACCCUGCUGCUGGAAACCAAAUAUACUGCAAUACUUUAGGUUGCUAUAACAUAGGAGCACUACUGUUCAUUUCCAAACUGUUCUAUUUAAGAUGAUUGUUUAUUUUUUAAAGGGGAACAAAUGUAUUUGGGACUUUAAAAAUUGAAAUUAAUUUCUUCCUGGGUAAUAGUUUCACAAUUUAUUAGCCAUGUAAUUCAUAUCCAGCAUUUUAUACGAGAGUUAUACAAAUGGUUGGAAACAUCUACUUUUAAUGGAAUACAAUUUUUAUUUUAGGACAGAAGUUUACAUUUUGUUGCAAUCAUUAAUUUGAACUAUGAGCAGUAUAGUUGAAAUAUUUAGGUAUAUAUUUCUCAAAAAGUCAUGGCAGUCAGAGAGCACUAUAAAAUUAUAAUGUAGAAACUACAGAAGCACAAGCAGGUAGUGAUGUAUACUACAAUAACACAAGAACAUGUAAAUGUGAAAAACAGAUCCAUGAAAAGGAUGAGAGGGAGCAUGGUAUGGUGGAGUGGAAUGUGCACUUCAAGUAGACCCGAGUUCAAAGUUGCCUCUGCUGUUUGCUACUCAAAUAACUUUGGGCAAGUCACUGACCCUCUCUGAGCCUCAGCUUCCUCAUCUAAAAAUGAGAAUUGAAUCAGAUGAUCUCUAAUGCCUCUUUAAGCUGUCAUAUGAUCCUGUAAUUACAUCCCUUAAAAUAAAUUGUUACCUAAUUUGGGGGGAUUAUUCUUUAACCUGCUGCCCUAUUUAAGAAGAGGUUCUAUUUUGUUGUAUAUUUUGUACUUAAUGUAAAUGUUGCUCUAUCAGUUUUCCAUAAAGCACUUUGAUUGUUAUUUGUAAUCUUAUAGAGUUAUUAACCGAAUGGAGUCAUCCAUAUGUGAAUCACAAAAAUAAAGAAAGAAAUUUAGAUGAGGGAGAUUGCACUGAAAUGAUUAUAUAAAGCAUAUAUUUUUCUUUAAGAAUUUAAUGUAAAAGGUUAGCAUAAAAUGCUUUCUUAUUGGACAAUGUAGGGGAAAAAACCUGAAAUAUGUUUUGUGAGUAAUGCUUAUAGUAAAUACAGAUCACAAUAAAACCUACCUAAUCAUUACAAGUCAUGAUAUAAUAUUUAAAAUAAUCUAUGCCCAAAUGAUACUUUCUUUCUUGUAUUCAGUCACUACAAAAGAGCAUUAUCUCUUGAUUUCAGACACUAAACUUACAUUUGACAUUCCUAUUCCCUAUUCAUUUUUCCUUUAAGUGACUAUGGUGCUGUUUCAAAUACUUUGUAUUUUGCUGUAUAAAUUUACCAUAAAAAAGCAAUUUCUACUGCACUUAA